UCUCAAUCUUCCGGCCAUCAAAGUCCAUUGUUCCGACUCAACUCUCGACAAUCUAAAUCAUUUGCAGGAUGAAAUUACCACACCAAUUGUCCAACUAUCCGCACUCGCUUACGAUCUGGGCACUAACCUCUUCUCGGUUUUGGGAUAUGGCUCCAGGGGUGGUGGAGUGAGACAUUUUGAUCUCACGACUUUCAAGAUGCACAACCUUCCAUUGACGGAGUCUUUGAUACUCCGACACGGUCAAGAAUGUUAUCCAACAUCGAAGGAGGUCUUGACUAUAAGACUCUCGUCUUGCCCACCGCAGUUGAUCCCAUCCUCUACGUCACACAUCGAACAUAUCGAAGAAAGAAUCCCAUUCCUGAAUUCUUCAAACACUGGAACAGCCGCACCUACUUGAAUCGAGCAUCGAUACACCGUCCCAUCUCUCCGACAUUCACUUUUGCUUGUCUUCACGGCCUCUCAACUAUAAUGGCACCCAAAAACAGAGCAGCUUAUCUCGAGGCCAAAAUGUCCCCCAAACUCGUCGUUAGAUCAGCGCCCUAUACUUCAGCCAAAGCCGGUCAAAUUGUCAUCAAGAACCAUGCUCUAGCCAUUAACCCUCUUGAAUGGCUCAUCCAAGAAAGGGGCAAUAUCAUGUUUGGCUGGUUGAAGUAUCCUUUCGUCCUAGGUGCCGACAACGCUGGAGAAGUCGUGGAAGUAGGUCCAGGUGUAACAAGAUUUAAGAUCGGAGAUCGAGUUUUGGGACAUUGUGCAGGGACGAGUGAACCUAUCAAUGACUCGGCCCAAGGAGGGUUCCAGGAAUAUACAGUGUUGCUGGAGCAUAUGUCAACUCCCAUUCCUGAGUCCAUAAGUUAUGAGAGAGCAUGUGUUCUUCCUCUCGGUCUUUCUACUGCCGUUUGUGGUUUGUUCCAGACCGAUCAGCUCUCGCUACCAUUACCUACCUCCCCAGCUCGCAAACCAACGGGAAAGACUCUCCUCAUUUGGGGCGGUUCGACGUCUGUAGGCGUGAACGCGAUCCAGCUGGCUAUAUCAGCAGGUUACGAAGUGAUCACGACCUGUUCUCCUCGCAACUACGAAUUGGUUAAGAGCCUAGGUGCAUGCGGAGCUUUCGACUACAAUUCUCCCACUGUGGUGGCUGACAUUGUCCGCGCUUUUAAUUCUGCCAACAGGAUAUCAGGCGGCGCAAUGUCGAUCGGUCAAGGCGCAGCGACCAAAUGUAUCGACGUCCUCAGCCAAGUCCAGGGCGACAAGUUCCUAUCUAUGGCCAGCUACCCUGUUCCACAAGUUCUGCCUAAACAUUUCGGUGCUGCCUACACGAUUUGGACGUUCUUAACGGGGAUGGUGGAAAUCUGGUUCAAGAGUAAGAUGAAUGGUGUCAAGUUUGGGACCAUUAUUGCUAGUACUUUGAUUGAUAAUGGAGUUGGAAAGAAGAUUUAUGAAGGAUAUCUUGAGAAGGCGUUGGAAAUGGGAGAUUUGAAGCCUUUUCCGGAACCUCUUGUGGUUGGAAAGGGUCUAGAAUUCGUUCAGGAGGCGAUGGACAGGCAGAAAAAGGGUGUGAGUGCGAAGAAAGUGGUUGUUCUUUUGUGACGACUCCUAGGUGGUGGUGGUGCGGUUUUUUGGGGCAAAUAUUGCUUAAUUUGUGCUUUGUUUUGGUAAUGGGUGGCAAGUGCGUGUUUGUCGUUAAUUUGGUGUCUGGUUAUGAAGCCUGCACAGAAUGACCUUGGUGUAUCAACAUCUACUAUUUUCAAACCAUUCUUCCUGUC